ACAGAGCUGCAGUUUGGACACAGACACUGCUGUUUACACUUCCCACCAGGAUUUAACUGUAGCAAACAGAUAUGGCUGCUUCUGCCCAUGUACGACCUGAAGAUCAGUUUUUGUGUUCCAUCUGUCUGGAUAUGUUCACUGAUCCAGUCAGCACAACAUGUGGACACAACUUCUGCAAAAACUGCAUCACUCAACACUGGGAUAAUACUGACCAGUACCUGUGUCCCAUGUGUAAAACAGUUUUCAACACAAGACCUGAAUUAAAGAUCAAUACUUUAUUUGCAGAGAUGGUUGCCAAGUUCAGACAGAAAAGUCAAGAGGAACCAAACAGCAGCAGCUCAGAGCAACAAGCGGCCAAACCAGGAGAAGUUCCCUGUGACGUCUGCACAGAAACCAAACUGAAGGCCCUGAAGUCCUGCCUGGUGUGUCUGACCUCCUACUGUGACACUCAUCUACAGCCUCAUCUGACACUUUCAGGCCUGAAACGACACCAUCUGAUGGACCCUGUGGAGAAGCUGGCAGACAGGAUGUGUAUGAAACAUGAUAAACCUCUGGAGCUGUUCUGUAAAACAGACCACGCAUGUGUCUGCAUGUUCUGCACAGUUUUAGAGCAUAAAACCCAUGACGUUGUUCCUCUGAAAGAUGAAUACGAACUAAAGAAGGCAGAGCUGAGGAAGACAGAGGCUGAAAUCCAGCAGAUGAUCCAGGAGAGACGACUGAAGAUCCAGGAUAUCCAACAGUCCGUGGACCUCAGUAAGAAAUCUGCAGACAGAGAGACAGCAGAAGGUGUUGAGGUCUUCACUGCUCUGAUAGAGUUGGUUCAGAAAAGUCUGAACAAGCUCCAGGAGGCGAUCCAAGAAAAGCACAGAAGCACAGAGAAACAGGCUGAAGACUUCAUCAAAGAGCUGGAACAGGAAAUCUGUGAGCUGAAGAAGAGAAGCACUGAGGUGGAGACGCUCUCACACUCUGAAGACCACCUCCACUUUGUCCAAACAUUCACAUCCAUAGGAGCUGCUCCACCCAUGAAGGUCUGGAAACAGGUCAGUGUCCGUCCACCAUCAUAUGAGGGAACUGUGGUGAGAGCUGUGUCUCAGCUGGAGGAAGAACUCAGUAAAGACAUGAAGGAUCUGUUUGAGAAUGAGCUGAAGAGAGUCCAGCAGUUCACUGUGGAUGUGAGUCUGGAUCCAGAUACAGCACAUCCUGCACUCUUUCUGUCUGAUGAUGAGAAACAGGUUCAUCUUGGUGAUGUGAAGCAGAAUCUUCCACACAAACCAGAGAGUUUUUCUGAAUGUGCCUGCGUUUUAGGAAAGCAGAGUUUUUCUUCAGGCAGAUUUUACUUUGAGGUUCAGGUCAAAGGAAAGACUGAUUGGGAGUUAGGAGUGGUCAGAGAGUCCAUCAACAGGAAGGGACCGAUCACACCGACACCUGAGGAUGGUCACUGGAUCAUCUCACUGAGAAAUGGCAAUGAGUACAAAGCUUUUGCCUGUCCAUUAGUCUAUCUGUCUCUGAAGUCUAUUCCUCAGAAGGUGGGGGUAUUUGUGGAUUAUGAGGAGGGUCUGGUCUCCUUCUAUGACGUAGAUUCUGCAGCUCUCAUCUUCUCCUUUACUGGCUAUUGCUUCAGUGACAAUCUCCUCCCAAUUUUCGGACCUGGACUUAAUGACGAAGGUAAAAACUCUGCUCCUCUGAUCAUCACUACAGUCAAACACACAGAGUAGACGAUGCUUUCAUGGAAAUAUUUUGUUUGAUUUAGUUACAAGUCAUUAAGUCAUGUGGAUUUCAACUGCAUUUCUGCCCUGCGAUGAACUGGCGACUCAUCUUGGGUGUACCCCACCUUCGCCCGUAAGUAGCUGGGAUAGGCUCCAAGCAACCCCCGUGACCCUAGUGAGGAUAAAGCGGGUUCAGAAAAUGAAUGAAUGAUUUCAACUGUCACAUCUUUUAGUAAUAUGUUAAUUCACCUUCUGAUUUACACCUGUUGCUGUAAAUGAACUGCUUAAAUGUACUUUAAAUUUAUAUCUUCCACUGAGUUGUUCUAUUUUAUCCACGUAUUAUCUUGGUUAAAUAAAUCUUUUUAACACAGCAGAGCCUAAACUUGGUGGUUACUGUUAAGAGGAUUCAAUACGUUUCAAUAACUUUGGAAACAAACGUCUAUCUUUCAAGUCUGAUUUGAUGAACCUUGUAAAUUAUCCUUUAAAUGCAUUAAGUAUGCAAACUAAAAACUAGUUCUUAAAUGCAAAUCACAUUUCUGACAGAAUAUCUGAGACUUGAAAAUAACAAAAAAAAGAUGUCAAUUUGCUAAAGUGUGACUGUAAAACUUAUAAUGGAGAGUAAUAUGAUUAUAGUAUAAGAGGGAAAUUUGAUCUAAUACUUUCAAGAUUCAACAUUUUAUAAUUAAUUGAAUUUUCUUAUGUGUAUAUAAUGUGUCAAAGGUCUUCUAAGAUUUUAAAAACAACUGAAGCAGCUUUUACUCUACUAAUUUUAUAACUACAAAAGUGGGAAAGAUCCUUGUAGUAAAUAUGGAUUACGUUUCUGUAGGUGUUUCCAUCCAGGUGUUAUAAUUUCGGUUUGUGCGUAAAAACAAUUCAACUCAACAUGCUUUUUUCAAUACUUUAG